AUGUCAUUAGAUUCAGAAAUUAAGAAGUCUGUUCCUAGCAUGCGCUAGGCUGAUGCCAAAAAUUAUUAACAAAAUCGUAUAUUGGUUUUGGAUGAGACUAUAAGCGUUAAAAAAAACAGAAUAGAAACUACUCCAGCAUCAGAAUCUUAUUUGACAUUUCCCUUGCCUGAAGAUGUGCUUUUUGAUAAUUCAAACAAUUAUUUAUCUAACUUCUUCAUACAAAACAAAGAUUGCUCAAUGGCUUCUUUCAGUGCUGAACAAAUUAAUUAAAUAGACAAUGUAGAUAUUCGAGCAUCAUCUACAUAUGAGUCUUUUAUGUGUUAAAAUGGUUCAACAACAAUUAUAGGAUAACUCAUACCUUAAGAAGAUCAUGGAAUGUUUGAAGAAUAAAAAUAAUAAAUAGUUGAAAUUGCUCCUAUAAAUAACGAAGAUAUUAAUGAAUUGAACGAAUAAUCCAAAGAUUCAGGUGAUGAGAAUGAAAAUAAAAGUACUUAUAAUCUUCACUCUAAUAGAAGAGCUGAAGAGAAAAAGAAAAUUAACUUCACAAGACAUAGAAAAACCAACGAGUAAAGGAAGAUUCUAGAGAAUGAGUUCAGAAAGAACCCAAAUUGGGAAAGACCACUGAUAGAAGGUCUGGCAAUCGAACUGAAUUUAAUGACCACAUAAAUCUAUAAAUGGUACUAUGACAAAUUGCACUAUAAAAGUAGAAAACUUGCAAGACUUGAGUAAUCUUAAUUCUGA